AUUACCAUGUCGAGAAGAGUGGCCAUGAUCCGUUUGAGGAGUCUGUGGAAGAGAUAAAGCCAUUCAUGGAGGAAGAGAAGCGGCAGAAGUUGGCUGAGCUCCGGGAAAAGAUAGCUGCAAAGCGCAGCGUGAAGGCCCAACAAGAAGCCGUAGAAGCACGUGCGAAUGAAGCUAUUCGUUUCAAGUCUGGCAAGGUGAGUCUAGUCGCGUACUGGGUGAAAUUUGUGUUUUAGAAG